CAGCUUUAAGCAGCAAAGCAUUUUGGGAAAUAUAGAACUACUUCUGUAGGAGCAAGAAAAUGGCGCAGUGCAGUUCUUCCACAUCCAGCUGUUGUCCACAAGGUCUUCAAACUUAUCAAGAUGUCAAGGAUUACUAUGGGAAAUACCUGAAAAGUUCAAAGGAUCUAAAAACAAAUGCUUGUGUAACCCCAUCAAAGCCAUUGCCAAAAUUUAUAAGAGAUGCACUCAGCGAAGUACAUGAUGAUGUCUCCUCAAGGUACUAUGGCUGUGGGCUUGUGGUACCAGAAUGCUUGGAGAACUGUAGAAUUUUGGAUCUUGGCAGUGGAAGUGGAAGGGAUUGUUACAUGUUGAGCAAGCUCGUUGGACAGAAAGGCCAUGUCACCGGAAUAGAUAUGACUGAUGAACAGGUGGAACUAUCCAGAAAAUACAUUGAUUUUCACAUGCAGAAAUUUGGUUAUCCACAUCCCAAUGUGGACUUUGUCCAAGGAUAUAUUGAAGAUCUCAGUGGUGCUAAUUUAAAAGACAACAGCUAUGAUUUAAUUAUAUCUAACUGUGUGAUAAAUCUUUCGCCUGACAAAAGGAAAGUGCUGAAUGAGGCAUACAGAGUCUUAAAGAAUGGUGGAGAGGUGUACUUUAGUGAUGUGUAUGCAAACCAGGUCAUAUCCGAAGAAAUGAAGCAGAACAAAGUCCUCUGGGGGGAAUGUAUCAGUGGUGCACUGUGGUGGGAGGACCUAUUCAGCAUUGCAAAAGAAAUGGGUUUUACCGCUCCGCGUUUAGUCACCGCCAGUUACAUCACUGUAAAUAACAAAGAGCUUGAAGAUGCUAUUGGUAACUACAAGUUUGUCUCUGCUACCUUUCGUCUGUUCAAGCUUCCCCAGGAAACUGUUAAAGAAAAAUGCCUGGCUAUCUACAAUGGGGGCAUCACUGGCUGUGAGACUGAGCUGAACUUCGAUGCAAAUUUUACAUUUAAGGAAGGCACUGUCACUGAAAUAGAUGAGGACUUAUCUGCCAUUUUGAAGAAUUCUAGAUUUGCUGAAGAAUUUCUAUUUCGGCCCCUUGAAAGUAAAAGUAUUUCUAAUGCCUGUCAGCCUAAGAAAAAGGAAAUCGUCAGGGAUCCAUUUCAAUUUGCUGAACAAACAAAGUCUCUUAAGACCUCCAGCGCUACCAGCUGCUGCGGACCUAAAGGCUGUUGCUAAGAAAUAUUAUUCAGAGAUGUCUGUUAGGACUGUCAUUUUCAUUUUAUAGAACAAAUUAAUGAAAAAUAAUCAGGCUAUAAUUAUGCUUUAUUUGUGUCUAAUACUUAAUAUUAAGUGAUUUUUCUACCUCAAUUUUUAAACAAUCAUCAUCCAGGUCAUUUUAUUUUUUUAUUACAAAUUAGUAAAGAGAUUAAUUCAUGUAGAAUCUAUCUAUUAAUAAAAUAUGGGGCCAUUUAGUAGUCCAAAAUGUUGA